GAAGCGGUGAGUAUGAUGGAGAAGGGAGAGUGGGAAGCUAAGCUACUGGGUCCGGAGGAGAACGUGUAGUGGGCGACUUAAGUCAUAAUCUAAGUAAUAAUAAACGUAUGAAGCGCCUUAGAACUAAUACUUAGGUCGUGCGUGGAUCACAGCAUAACUUACUUUAGGCUGGAAUAGGGCAUGUGGCCCAGACGGGUGGAAUGAGAAAACUGAAGGCAGGGUGAGGGAAAGAGCCGCAUUGGGCAAAGGUAAAUUGGUUGCACAAAGACCCAAAGAGGUGUGGAGAAAAGUUGCCAGGUCUUGUGGUACCUGAGGGAUGUGCUGUGUUCUGUGUGCGUAGGAACAGGAGACAACCUCCAUGAACUAAGCAAGCUGUGGAGCCUACAUGCUACUACCGGAGCUGAUGAAGGGAAAACUUCAGGGGGUCGGGGAGAAAGUGCACCUUCUGGUGAUGUGACUGGACAGAGUCAAGAUGCAGUAUUAGGGAACCCCAUUCUCACUUUCCUAUAGGCCUUGGGAUGUCUCUGGCAGAUGAGCUCUUGGCUGACCUUGAGGAGGCUGCAGAAGAAGAGGAAGGAGGAAGCUAUGGAGAAGAAGAGGAGGAGCCAGCAAUUGAAGAUGUACAGGAGGAGACACAACUGGAUCUUUCUGGAGAUUCAGUCAAGAGCAUUGCCAAGCUAUGGGAUAGCAAGAUGUUUGCUGAGAUCAUGAUGAAGAUUGAGGAGUAUAUCAGCAAGCAGGCCAAAGCUUCAGAAGUGAUGGGACCAGUGGAAGCAGCCCCUGAGUACCGAGUCAUUGUGGAUGCCAACAACCUGACUGUGGAGAUAGAAAACGAGCUGAACAUUAUCCAUAAGUUCAUCCGGGAUAAAUACUCGAAGAGAUUUCCUGAGCUAGAAUCCUUGGUGCCCAAUGCUCUGGAUUACAUCCGCACAGUCAAGGAGCUGGGCAACAGCCUGGAUAAGUGCAAGAACAAUGAAAACCUCCAGCAGAUCCUGACCAAUGCCACCAUCAUGGUUGUUAGUGUCACUGCCUCAACGACCCAGGGGCAGCAGCUGUCGGAUGAGGAGCUAGAGCGGCUAGAGGAGGCCUGUGACAUGGCACUGGAGCUGAAUGCCUCCAAGCACCGCAUCUAUGAGUAUGUGGAGUCCCGAAUGUCCUUCAUUGCACCCAACUUGUCCAUCAUCAUUGGAGCAUCCACGGCUGCCAAGAUCAUGGGUGUAGCUGGAGGGUUGACCAACCUCUCUAAGAUGCCUGCCUGCAACAUCAUGCUGUUGGGAGCCCAGCGCAAGACACUAUCUGGCUUUUCUUCUACCUCUGUGCUGCCUCAUACUGGCUACAUCUACCACAGUGACAUUGUGCAGUCUCUACCCCCAGAUCUCCGGCGGAAGGCAGCCCGCCUAGUGGCUGCCAAGUGUACACUGGCAGCUCGUGUGGACAGCUUCCAUGAGAGCACAGAAGGGAAGGUGGGCUAUGAACUAAAGGAUGAGAUUGAGCGCAAGUUUGACAAGUGGCAGGAGCCACCACCUGUGAAGCAAGUGAAACCCCUGCCUGCACCCCUUGAUGGGCAGCGGAAGAAGCGAGGGGGCCGAAGGUACCGCAAGAUGAAGGAGCGGCUAGGACUGACGGAGAUCCGGAAGCAGGCGAACCGCAUGAGCUUCGGAGAGAUUGAGGAGGAUGCCUAUCAAGAAGAUCUAGGCUUUAGCCUGGGCCAUUUGGGCAAAUCCGGCAGUGGGCGUGUACGGCAGACACAGGUGAAUGAGGCCACCAAGGCCAGGAUUUCCAAGACUUUGCAGCGGACCUUACAGAAACAGAGCGUGGUAUAUGGUGGGAAGUCAACAAUUCGUGACCGAUCCUCAGGGACUGCCUCCAGUGUGGCCUUCACACCCCUCCAGGGUCUGGAGAUCGUGAACCCACAGGCGGCUGAGAAGAAGGUGGCAGAGGCCAACCAGAAGUACUUUUCUAGCAUGGCCGAGUUCCUCAAGGUCAAGGGUGAGAAAGGCGGCACCAUGUCUACCUGAAGGGCCACACCCCAGGUGGCCAUCCACUGAAAGGACAUAAAGGACUGGAGUGACAGAUUUGCAGCCAGGAAGCUGUGGUGUAGUAGAGGCAGCCUUCCAUGCUCUGUCCUUGCCCAAGGCCACAGCAUGCAAGGACAAGGAUGAAGCACCUCGCCUGCCUCCCCCAACACCCAUUCUGUUGCCGCCCCAGAUGGGCAGAGAGGUCUUCCUCACACUCAGCCUUUUUACUUACAGGGGGAAAGGAAGUGCUUUUUUAGAAUGAGUACAAUUAAAUGCCGUGUUGGGCUCUAAA